AUGUCGAGUGACGCACAGCAGCCGACGACCGAGGCAGCCGCCGCUCCUGCGGAGCAGGUGCCUGCCGCCGCCACCCAGGGUGAUUCCCAGGAAGAACUGAACCCUGACGGCACCCCGCUUUCGGACAAGCAAAAGCGCAAGCGCGCCGAGAAGGCCGAGAAAGAGCGCAUCAAGGCCGAGAAGGCCGAGCGUCUCGCCGCCGAGCAGGCCGCGCGUCAGGCUGCCGAGGUCGACUUUGCUACGGAAAACUACGGCACGCUCCCGAUGAACCAGUCGCAGGAGCGCACCAACACGCAGCUCUUUGCCAUUGAGGAUAUCCACCCCGACAAGGACGGCCAGCAGAUCACCCUGCAGGCGCGGUUGCAGACCAGCCGUGCGCCCUCGGCCAAGCUUGUGUUUUUGACGUUCCGCCAGAACCUGAACUGUGUUCAGGCGACGCUCGCCAUGGCCCCUGAAAAGGUUUCGCGCCAGAUGACCAAGUGGGCAGCCGCAAUUACCCCCGAGUCGAUCGUACAGGUCGAGGGUACGAUCAGCAAGGUGCCCAAGCCGAUCGAGUCCUCGUCGGUCACCGUGAAGGACGCCGAGAUCAAGAUCUCGCGCAUUCACAUUGUCGUGCCCGUGACGUGGGAAGGCCAGAUCCCCUUCUACGUCGACGACGCGACGCGCUCCGACGCCGAAAUUGAGGCGAGCCAGGAGACGGCGCGCCCCCUUCCCCCGAUCGCGCUCGACACGCGUCUGGACAACCGUGUGCUGGAUCUGCGCACGCCGACGAACCAGGCCAUCUUCCGCCUUAACCACGGUGUGUGCCGCCUCUUCCGCGAGUUCCUGGACAACAACGGCUUCAUUGAGAUCCACACGCCCAAGCUGCAGGGUGCCGCAACCGAGAGCGGUGCGUCGGUGUUCAAGGUGGGCUACUUCAAGGGCAACGCCUUCCUUGCGCAGAGCCCCCAGCUCGGCAAGCAGAUGGCCAUCUCUGCCGACUUUGGUCGUGUCUACGAGAUUGGCCCCGUGUUCCGUGCGGAAGACAGCAACACGAACCGCCACAUGACCGAGUUCACCGGUCUCGAUUUGGAGAUGGCUUUCCAGGAGCACUACCACGAGGUCUCGGACCUGCUCAACCAGCUCUUUAUGUUCAUCUUCAAGGAGCUGCCCAAGCGCUACGGCGCCGAGAUCGCGACGGUCCGCCGCCAGUUCCCUGCGGAUGACUUCCUCGUGCCCGAGGCGCCGGUGUGCCUGCACUUUAAGGAGGCCAUCCAGAUGCUCCGUGACGCGGGCUACGAGGUCGCGGACCUCGACGACCUGAGCACCGAGACGGAGCGCGCGCUCGGCAAGCUGGUCCGCGACAAGUACAAGACGGACUUUUACAUGCUCGACAAGUUCCCGCUCGACAUCCGGCCGUUCUACACGAUGCCCGACCCGAGCGACAACCGCUACUCGAACUCGUAUGACUUCUUCAUGCGUGGCCAGGAGAUUCUCUCGGGUGCGCAGCGUGUGCACGACGCCAAGUACCUCGAGGAGCGCCUCGCCGCCGCCAACAUCCCCGUGUCGGCAAUGAAGUCGUACGUCGAUGCUUUCCGCCUCGGUGCGCCGCCGCACGCGGGUGGUGGUAUCGGUCUGGAGCGUGUGCUCAUGCUCUACCUCGGCCUGAACAACAUUCGUCGCACGAGCAUGUUCCCUCGUGACCCCAAGCGCCUGGAGCCGUAA